AUGGAACGAAGGGAAUAUGUCAAAGUUCGAAAUGGAUACGAGUCAGGCUCCACAAUCGAGCUUUCAGGUACAGAUGACCUCAGAGCCUUUCGAAAAGCUCAAGGAAUUUGUCGUGAAUUUGAGUCUGUCGGUCUUGGGAGACAUCAAGGAAAGCGAGUUCGAUUCGAAAAAGAAAACUGGCUGGAUUAUGCAUCAAAUUCAGGAAGCAGCAAAUCGGCUGUUAUUCCGGUUUUUGAAAAUGCAACAACCUGA